AACAUGAGUCUUACACCGGAAAUCAUAGCCGAACUGGUUGAAAAGUUGGGAGAAAAGCACAUUAUGCUGUCCUAUAACUGGGGAGUUCAGGACGUAGUACGGACAACAUACGAGUAUAUUGAGAGUAUAGGGAUCCCUGUUUGGAUGGACAUAAAGGGGGGAGUUUCAGGUAAUAUUAACGCUGCUAUGGCUAAGGGAGUAGAGGGUGCGUCGAUGAUUUGUCCCUUUAUGACGGAAGACUACGAGGCCUCUGAGUCUUGUGAACUAGAACUCAACUACGCUAAAGAUCGCAAAGUUCAGAUAGUACCCUGCAUGGUACAAGAACAGUCUAAAGACGGAGGCCAAUACCGGGCCAGCGGCUGGCUGGGGGUUAUCACAGCGGGUAAACUCUGGACUGACUUCAGAGGUUUGGAGGACGAUGAAGGGAGGAUAGCGGCUCAAGCAAAUGCACUUUUGUUGGAGAUUGCUAAUAAGCUUAAUGUUGAUACUAGAGGAGGUUUCAAACCAGUGAAGCCACCCCCGAAACCUGCUGCACCGAAAUCGACAACACCACCACCAGCUGCACCUAAACCAACACCACCACCAGCAGCGGCACCCAAAAAACAAGCUCCAGCUAGUUCAGGAGGAGCACUGAAAGGGAAGCUGGGUAUAAAGAGUCACCAUGGCACCUUCAUUGGAGCACCAAACUCAAGUGCCACGUGCAGUUCAAAAUCCCUGGGUGGAGAUGAGACUAUAGAAGUUGUGGAGAUAAAGGCCAACACUGUGGCUCUCAAAUCUAAACAUGGGAAAUAUCUUUCAAUUCAGCAGAACCACUCCCUGCAAUGGAACAGGGACAAGGCCCAAGGCUGGGAGUACUUCACCGUUGGCUGGAUUGACAAGAACAAGUUCACUCUCAAGUCAUACCACGGGAAAUACUUGUCAGCCCAAGGGAACGGGAAACUGGAGUGUAACAGGAGCAAGGCCGAUGCAUGGGAACACUUUACAGUUACAAAGCCAUCUGCUAGUGCUGCAUCUUCUGUCUCAGGUUUCACUCCAGUUCCUAAUCAUGGGUACCAUAUCAAAAUGUUGGAUGGGCCUGCCUCUGGUUACUCCCUGACUGCAAAUGAUGAGAGAAACGGUCACUCCCGCUGGGUACAUACCGAUCUCAAUGAUGAUAGUGCUCGCUGGGAGAUCAUCCCUAUACAACACAACGGUCAACACUGCUUCAACAUCAAGUCUAAAUCUGGUAUUUUAAAAUAUCAAAUUCCAUUUUUAAUGAUAUCUUUGAACAAAUAUCCGAUGGCAGCUAAAACUUCUAAUCAUACUAAAAGAAAGCAGCAGUUUUGGUACAACAUUAUAUCAAUAGUCUCCAUUUACGGUGCUGGUAGUGGCAAGAUGCUGGUAGUGCACAGCAACAACCAAUCUAAUGGAGACGCAAGGGCUCUGGUUCACAAAACUCCCCACAAUGCUGAUGACGAGUGUUGGAGUAUAGAGACUGUGAGUGUGGCAGGAGGGAUCGGGUACAGGUUUAAGAAGUCUCAGGGUCGCUCGAAAGACACGUACUUGGUCUCCAGAAUUCAAAGGAAAGGUGGGUCCUACUGGGUGGACGUGACGUCAGAUAUGUCUGCUCCAAUUUUGUGGAAGAUUGAUGGUUCGGCUUCUAGUUCUACUUCCAGUGGAAGUUUGAAGAAUCUAGCACUACACAGUCCUCACGUAUACCAGUCUUCAGUAGCGUGCGGUGGAGAUCCCAAAAGAGCGGUGGACGGGAACACGAACGGAGUUUACAAUAAUAAAGGAGUUACUCACACGGAUCCGAACCAAGACAAGGGACUAGCAUGGUGGCACGUAAACCUUGGAGCCUGGUAUAAGGUGAACUCUAUAAAGGUUUGGAACAGGAUCGAGUGUUCGGAGAGACUGAAUAAUGCGCAUGUUUAUGUUCACAAGAAAUACAUCGGUCAAGUAAAGCUUGUCCAAGGACAGCAGAUGUAUGAGUUCCCAGUUCACGAUUACAACACGAACAGUGUCACAGUGUGUCUUAUUGCCACUAAAGCACCUCUUUCCCUCGCACAAGUUGAAGUUUUCGGUACUGGAGCAAAAGGUCCCCAACUGACUAAUGUGGCCCUUAAGAAGCCCUGCUUUCAGUCUUCGGUAGCUCACGGCGGGGAUCCGAACAGAGCAGUCGAUGGGGUCGAGCACAAUCUUUUUAACUUAGGUCACACAACCCACACGGACAGUAAUACAGACGGAAAAAGGGCAUGGUGGUUCGUGGAGCUGGGGGCAAAAUAUCUUAUCAACGAGAUCAACAUUCUCAACAGAGGAGAAUGCGCUGAGAGGCUAAACGAAGCUCAGGUUUUUAUAGACGACAGACACGUCCACACUAUCAAAUAUACUCCAGGAGUAUGGUGGUAUAACAUACCAGUGAAAGCAGGUGAGUACGGGACCAGGAUCGGAGUUACUCUAAACACAGGGCUACCGCUUAGCCUUUGUGAGGUCAUGGCUAUGAGCGACGGUUCAACUCAGUGAAGCUGGCAUAUCUGCUGAGAAACUGCAAAAUUUUACAUACAGCAAUUGAAGAUCAGAAGAGCUGACUUGAACUGCUUGAGUUUGACUCGGAUUUUUCAAGGCACUGUUGAUAUUUUCUGUGGAAUGUUUGUAUUGAUUUCAGAGUCUGAGCUUUGACCAUUAUGUAUAUUAAAUAUUCACUAUCAGUAUUUUAAACUUUUAUUUUAGAUCUGAAACAUUUGGGUUUGAUAUAGUAAAUUAAAAAUACUAUUUGAUAUAGUAAAUGAAAUAGUAUUUUCAGUGCGAGCCAAUUUCUUUUAGUUAGAAAUGGAAUCCUCGAAAAUCAACGAUCUUUUGGAUUUUUAGCCGUCUUUUUCAUUUAUAUUUAUAUUAAUAGUUAUAGUUUUAUUAUUCAGAUAACAGAUAAGCUCAUUGUCGUUAUAAGAAUUAUUAUUUUGUCGUC